AUGAAGAAGACCCUCGUUGUCUUCGGGGCCACCGGAAACCAGGGUGGCUCGGUAAUCGAUUAUGUCCUCAACGACAUAGAGCUCUCCAAUCGCUACCAUGUUCGCGCUGUGACUCGCAACCCGGAUAGUGCAGCAGCCGUAAAACUCAAAGGCAGAGGUGUCGAAGUAGUUCAGGGUAAUAUGGACCAUCCUGGCACUAUUGAACGGGUCCUUCAUAACGCCAACAUUGCCUUCAUCUUAACAACGUACCAGACCACAAAAGUCCGCGAAGUCGCCCAAGGCAAGGCAAUCGCUGAUGCAGCUGUCGCCAAAAACUUGGAAUUCAUUAUCUAUAGCACCCUACCAAGCGUCAUCGACAUCAGUGACGGCAAAUAUCGUGCGGUGGAAUAUUUUGAUAGCAAAGCGGAGACAGAGAAAUACAUUCGAGCAUUGCCCAUCAAGGCGGCCUUCUUCGCACCGGGGUGCUACAUGCAGAAUUUUCACGAUGAAAUGAAACCUCGGGCACUCGAUGAUGGGACUUACGAGCUUGUGAAUUCCGUACAUCCCCACACGCAGCUUCCUCUUAUCGAUAUAGCAGACUCUGGGAAAUUCGUCGGGGCCAUACUUGCCGACCCAGACAGGUUUCAGGGCCAAUUGUUGUCGGCUGCGACGGAGAUGUAUUCGUUUGAAGAGAUUGUAGGGAUAUUGAGUGAAUCCACGGGGAAAAGGAUCAAGUUUUUACAGGUGACAGAGAACUCGUUCCGGGAAAGCCUUCCGCCGGACUUUGUGGAGAGUCUCCUGGAGACAAUGAGGUACUUUGAGGAGUACGGAUAUUAUGGCCCACGGACAAAGGAGAAUGUUGAGGCAACUGCGAAAGUCGCCCGGGGGAGAUUGACCACACUUCAAGAGUACCUCCACAAAGAGCCUAUUGAGUAUAUGAAAACAAUUACAUUGAGCCUAUUGCUAGUUCCGGGUUAUCUGACGUUUCAUUAA